AUGAGAAGAACACGACGGAAGCUCAUCCAGAAUCAAGAACGGAUCAGUCCAACAGUUCAGCAAAUACAAGCAAGUCGAGGUCAAGUCGAGGUCAUCGUCAACGAUGCAACUCGCCUCGGGUAUGCUAAACCGUUGUUGCUAUCGGAAGAUGACGAGGAUUUGGUGUAUGACUUCGGAAGCUGUAAGUUGGCUCCAAACAUAAAAUCGAACAGCCCCUCGGACAUCGAAACGAAUAUCACAAUUGACGGCAUCAUUAAAUACCUCGCCCCACCUUCCCUGACUAUUGCCUGGUGCUACGGGUACCUGGCCACUGACGACAAUAAGCCGUUCAGCUUCGAGGGUGUCGGAUACAAGGCAACGUAUACACCUGGAAAUACUUGCGCGAGCACGGCUCAUUGGGGCUUCUCCUACAUAUUCUUGUCCAUGAUAUCCACCCACAACUACGUCUGGAGCACCAUAUUAGCCGGGACGUGGAUAGAUGCCGCUCGGAAAAGCCGCAUGUACAAGGCUGGCCGUCGACUAGGCCUGCUUCGGUCCGUCAUGGAUCUCUCGUAUGCGAUCCGAGAAGAGUUGGGGACAAAGGUGCAAGACUUUUCAGAGGAAGAGCUCAAGACGCAUCUAAGAGAGAGUGAUGGGGCUAUGGUGGUCUCCAGUCACGAGCUGCGCGUGGCUAGAGACUGUACCGUUGAUUUCAGAAACGAGCAAAAACAUGGAAGGCGUGAGUGGGCUCGUAUUCGCGCUGGUUCAUCGUUCUGA